AUGAAGCAACAACCUGCAAUACUCAGUAGUCGACUUCCUAAGCGAGGAAAUCACGGACAUCAAAAGAAACUUACUCCUGUCACUAGUGACACAAACUUACCUGUCUUUUGUUUUCCAACUUUAGAUUCCUUAUUAAGUCAAGAUAAAGGCGUAUCGAUCGAUUCAUCGAGAAAAAACGCAGUAAAAUCACCUUAUGAAUUGCAAGACAAUCAAUAUAUUUUUAAUAAUCCAGGAUUGUAUAAUGACAGAUAUAUCAAAACAGCAAUUAAUUCGCCCCGAAUUUCCAAAUCUCCACCGCCUAGGCCAGUCCAAAAUAGUUUUAUUCCUUCAUCUGAUUCGUCAAAUCAGAUAUCAAUCGAAAAUUUUAACCCUUAUGCAUUCCCUAACUUCACAGAACCUGCAACUUUAGAAGCAAUGAAGAAUCUCCACGUUAAACCUUCAGAUUUAUACUAUAAAAUUAACGCUUCAGACGAAAUCAAAACGAUUGUAAAUUCUACAAUUAUAUCAGUUAAAAAAGAACGCGAAAGAAUUCUUGCAUGUAAGACGAGUAAUUUCCACGUAAAAUCUCGUAACCUUUCGCCGCCAACUCGAAAACCUGUUCAAGAGACUUUUGGAAGUAAUAAUUACUUGUACGGAUUCUUCCCAUGCAGUAAUAAGGUAAACGGUAGUUUGCUCGAUCCGGAUCGCUUAAAAGGUCAAAAUGCGGGUACAAAAUUUUCAUCAAGGAAAUGA